AUGUGGCCCCCGUCCCACCCGGAUGAGAUCUUCGCCUUGAACGGUGCCUUCUUCGCCGACACCCACCCUCAAAAGGUCAGCCUGGGCGUAGGCGUCUACCGAACCGACGAUGGCAAACCAUGGCCUCUUCCAGCCGUCGAGAAAGCCGAGAAGCAACUCGCCGAGGAGAACGACCUGAUGCGACACGAGUACACCGCCAUUGAGGGCGACGUGCCCUUCCUGAAGAUCGCCCGGGAUUUAAUGUUCGGCUUUGAGGGUAAGGCUAGCGAAGAAGCAGCCGCGAAAGCACGCAUUGCAUCCGUGCAAACGGUCGCAGGAACCGGCGCCAACCACCUGGGCGCGCUUUUCCUCGCCCACCACAUGAAGCCGCGCAAUGUCUGGCUGUCAAACCCUUCCUGGGCCAACCACAUGACGAUCUGGGAAUUGGCCGGCGUGCCGCGCAAGACAUACCCCUACUACCACGCCGCGACGCGAUCCUUCGACUUUGACGGCAUGAUGUCUACACUUGAGAAUGAUGCCGAGGAAGGUGAUGCCGUCUUGCUGCAUGCUUGCGCGCAUAACCCCACGGGCCUGGACCCGAAUAAGGAGCAGUGGAUUGCGAUUGCGGAUCUGUGUGAGCGCAAGAAGCUCUUCCCGUUCUUUGAUUCCGCUUAUCAGGGUUUUGCGUCGGGUUCGCUGGAGGAGGAUGCGUGGGCGGUGCGCUACUUCUUUGAUAACAAGCCUGAUAUGGAGAUGUGUGUUGCGCAGAGUUUCUCGAAGAAUAUGGGUCUCUACGGUCAGCGUACUGGUGCUUUCCACUACAUUACUAACCGCAGCGCUACCUCUAUCCGUGAUGUUGUUGUGAACAACCUGUGCCACUUGAUUCGCGGAGAGUUCUCUAUGGGUCCUCGUAUUGGUUGCACUAUUGUUAAGAAGAUCAUGUCGAGCGAGGAGUUGACUGCGGACUGGCACAAUGAUUUGCAGGUCAUGAGCUCGCGCAUUAAGUCUAUGCGCGAGGCCCUGUACAAUGAACUUGUUCGUCUCAAGACUCCUGGUACUUGGGAGCACAUCGUGGAGCAGAACGGCAUGUUCUCCUACACUGGCCUCACCCCCAAGCAGGUCUACGCCCUCAAGGACAAGUACCACGUCUACCUGCUCAAGUCUGGUCGUGCGUCCAUCAGUGGCUUGAGCCAGAAGAACGUCGCCUACGUGGCCCUGGCCAUUGACGACGUCGUCCGCAACGUGCUUUAA